AGUGUCAUCGCGUUUCCCAAUUACUACGCCGCCAGCUUUGGGGAGCUGGGGGGACCCCAGUGCGAGCGGUGGUCGCGCGAGUUGGUUGAGGCAGGGGCGCGCACGCGGGCGUGCGUCUUUUGGCAGCUGGAUUACGCGCGCAUGAUCAGGGUCCAGCGGCGAUGA